CGCGCCAGGACGCCAGUAACCGGCCGCAUCAUAACCACAGAGCGGAGCAGCGGAAUGUGCCUGAGUCAUCAUGUGCUCUCACGCGCUGUCACUGCAGCUCCAGACUUCCUGAAGACUUUCACAGCAGGUCACCUCAGGCCCUUUGCUUGAAGCAGAUUCGAGAGAAAUGAAUGAGAAAUGCUGCAACCUGCUGGUCUCUCCCACGAGCGUGCCAAAGUCUUUGGGUGCUAUAACGGGACAGCAGGUACCUCAUAUCCGAGUGCAUGCUGGUACUUCCCGCUCCUUCUCCCACCAGCGAGCCACAGGUCCCGGAAGUGAAAUGGUCACGGCAGAUGUGGAACCAGGAAGUACGACGCUUCUACCUUCUCUUAGCCUGCGUAGGCAAGUGCUAACCAAUGGAAAGCAUCAUGGCACCUUCACCAUGCCACGAUCAUCAUGGGAGCAAGGGUCUUCCCUUCCUGUGCCUCCUGGCAAUUCCAUUACAGCAAGAUUAAAUGGCACACAGAUUGGCAUCAAAGGUUCCCACUCAUUGGGGACCAGUAGGAACCUGUUGAGCGAGUAUGGCAGAUCAAACCUGCAAGUGACAAGCAGUGCUAUGGUUGUACAGAGUGUGAGUCCAGCGUCCACUAUCCAAACCUGUGCUUCGCACUGUCCUGCUCCUUCUCUGGGCCUUUUUGUGCCCUUCACAGAUGCCAGGUCUGUGUUGUCCAGAGAGUCCUUGGCUUCCACCACCCUCAGCAUCGCAGAGAGCCAGUCAAUAAGAAGCAGCAAGUUGGACUGGCCUUAUGGUUACCGUGUGCUGCCACCCCUAGGUCAGCAGAGCAGCUUUAGCCAGACAGCUGAAGGUCCAGAACUUAUGAGCCUCCCACCAGGUACCGCCAUGUCUGGAGCCACCAGUGGCUCCAAUCCAACUUCACUUCCUGCUUACCUGUUUAAGGACGACAUCAACAGCCCCCGCCAAUCCAGCCGUUCCAAAAAAAGAGCCCUAUCCAUCUCUCCUUUGUCUGAUGGACUUGGCAUUGACUUAAACUCCAUUAUUCGAACAUCACCAACCUCUUUGGUGGCAUACAUAAUCGGUUCCCAAAGUUCUCCGUUAUCACAGCCAGCUCCAUCACCACUGCAGUCUGACGUAUGUGGGCAUCUUUUGGGAGUUCGCGGAAGCUGUAUCCCCAAUCCAAGCUUUGUUUAUCCAGGUCCCAAAGCCAGUUCCACUCUUGGUCAGACCUUAACAAGAAAUCACCAUUCUGAAAAAGUGAGUCUCUGCAUGCAGAGAUUAGAAGAACAUGGUGCUAGUGAUGGCCAAAUAGGAGGAACUAAUCUAGUAGUGGAGCACCAGCUUUUACCAAGACAGGAAAUCCUGAUAAACAACACUGCAGCAGGAAAUAAUGUUCCUCAUUACAGUGUUGAAAGCAGUACACACCUUCAGUUUGAAAUUUCAGCUAUUGUUAGGUCCACAAGCCCACCUAGGGGACCUCCACCACCCUAUCACUCCCACCAUGUACACCAACUACCAGGUGGCCAGCUGGGAUGUGCUCAGAAUCCUGAACGUGCUCAGAACCCAUCUAUGCCUUCUAUAGACAAACCUGGUGUUCUGCCUCUGGCUUUAUGCCCAAUGUUAGAGGAAGAAGAAGGAGAACUUGAUGAUUUUAAUGGGGGACACUGUUGCCGUUGGCUGGAUUGUAGUGCCACAUACGGUCACCAAGAGGAGCUGGUCAAGCACAUCGAGAAACUACAUAUUGAUCAGCGCAAAGGAGAGGACUUUAUUUGCUUCUGGGCAGGGUGUCCACGCAGACACAAGCCUUUCAAUGCUCGUUACAAACUCCUUAUCCACAUGCGGGUACAUUCGGGGGAGAAACCUAACAGAUGUACGUUUGAAGGCUGUCAGAAGGCGUUCUCCCGCCUUGAGAACCUCAAAAUCCACCUACGGAGCCACACAGGAGAGAAACCGUACGUGUGUCAGCACCACGGCUGUCAAAAAGCUUUCAGCAACUCCAGUGACCGCGCCAAGCACCAGCGCACACAUGUCGACACGAAACCUUACGCGUGUCAGAUUCAAGGCUGCCAAAAACGCUACACCGAUCCCAGCUCUUUGCGAAAGCACGUCAAAUCGCAUUCCACCAAGGAGCAGCAGGCCAGGAAGAAGCUGAGAGCCAGCACUGAGAUCUACCAGGACGGACUUUCUGAGUGUUUAACUAUCCAGCCAUUGCAGCCCAGCCUGUCACCUUUGGAGCUGAUUGAAAGCCGUUCUCCGUCUCUUCCUGCUGAUAUGUACACAGAUGUGUUCUCCAUAGACCAGGCCAGCCAAAUGACUCCUGGUCAGAUUCAGCAUUCCACCCAUGGCUCUCAUGUCCCAUUGUCUGCACUACCUCCAACGACCAGCAGGUUUGAUGCUCCAGUAGCACAGCUUCCAACCCCCCAGGCCACACCUGCAGUUUCUCAUUCACACCGCCACAUGGUGGCAGCGCAAAAAAACAGCAGACUUCCAGGAUACCCUGAGCAGACUGCAGCAUCCCUAGCUCCUCCUCAGGAUAGUUUCCCGAGUCAUGCCCAGACGGUGUGCUCACCUUCAUAUACUAAGUCGUCGCAGACAGGAAAGCAGAUUUCUGCCUGUUCUAUGAUGCAGAUCCCGAUGUUCCAGAACAGUCUGGGUUCCUCAGGCACAGCUCAACAGGAACCCGAGCUGAUCCACCAAGCUCUGUCAAGCAUCGCAGAGUUUGAUCCACAUGGCAGAGCGGAGGAUUCUUUAUGCCAUCGAGAACAUUCGGCAUCAGACGAUAACUACCUUCACAUAUGUCCGCAUGACAUGGACCGACACCCAAGUCAGCUCUCAUGCGUCUACACGGAGGGGUGAAAAAGAUACAGCUUUAAUCAUACAUAUAUCUAUACUGAUGAUUUAUUCUGACCUUUUUCUAGUUUGUGAGUCAUGAACUUACAAAAAACUGAACAAAAAAGAUGUGAACGUGUCUGAAUUCUCAUCAACUGAAUGAAGUAAUAUACAGGCUUUUGUUUUGGAUUGUUUUUCAAACUGCUAAGGUUUUAUAUGUUGUAAUGUUUUAUAUCAAAAUUCUCAGUCCUGUAAAAAUCUAUUUGUGAUUUUUAAAACAGGAAGACAAACAAAAAUAUGCACUUUUUGUAUGAACACUGAAAAGCAUGGGCACCAAGCUAAAGCUAGCUAUUCACUAGGACUAGCUAGUUAGCAUAUAGGGGUAUAAAAACAUUUUGGAAUAUUACCAUUUCUCCCAGCUUAUAUCAUAAUGUAAUGAGAUAAGGUGUUUUAGUGACCAACAUUACAAUACAGUUUAGCCUUGAACUUUUAGCAUGAACAGCUACCUGAACUGCCAUGGGUUGCUCUCAGUAAAUGAAAACGUUCUAUCACGUAUACCAAAGCAGCAGACUGUGAACUUGGUUUGAACAUAAGAAAAAAAAAAAUCACAAACAUAAGAUUUAACUAUGAGGAGCAUUUAAGUCAAACCAGGACUUUUGAAUGUGCAGAAUAACAGAACACAAUUAUGAGAGUAAAAACUCCCUUUAUUUCUUUAUAUAAUCCCCUGCUACACUAAUGCACUUAUCCCAGGACUUCAUUAGUGCUCAGAUACCAUCAAGGUAGAAUGUUUUUUUUUUUUUUUUCAGUAUGCUGGAGCCAUAAAACACUUGCCUACCAGGAACUCCUUUAAUGGUCCAAACAUGUGAAAAUGGCUUGAAGUGAGCUCUAGCGAUGUAGCUCCCACCCAAAUUCUUGUGAUGUGCAAGUGGUGCUUAUGAAUGAUUGUGUGUACAGUUCGACAAGUUAUUCAUAGAUAUUCAUGGAUCAGGAGUUCAACUUGUUGAAUGUUCAUGACUCACAUUUUGAACCACAUCACCUGGGAUCGUCAUCUAUGGAUGAACGGCCUUUUUAAAAAUGUUUGCACCAUUCAAAUGUUAUUUACUUCGGCUUAGGAUCUCAGCACUAAACUGUGCUUAAAGUCUUUUGUAAAUGUCAAUUAGUUUUAUGCCUCUAUUCACAAGAAAUUCCAUACAAAAAGUCACAGUUUGACUUGAACAUCCCUUGUAGAUACCGGUCUGAAUAUGUCUAUAAACUGCAAAAUCACCUUAGAGCAAAUCCAUUACAUUAAGCACUAAUCAAGUGCAUAAUGAAGGCUUUAAAUAUAACUAUUCUCUUUUUUUAAAACUGCAAUCAUACAAGUACUGUUUUUUCCCCCCUCAACACUAGAAAAAGAGGUUAAGGGCAUGUGGUUCAACUAAAUUACACUGUGAAAACCUUAAAUGCAAAUGUCAACAGUGACAAAAUGAAAUUGCAUUUAAAAGCUCUAAUUGCAAUGUUUUGCAUAACCAGUAGCAUUUGAGUCAAAACCUCCAUUAUCUUGGCUCACAGUGUGGGAUAUCGGUUGCAUCUGGAAAAAGAAAAAAAAAAGCAUUUAAUGGUGUAAUCAUCAAGAACGCGGAUGCACGGCAGUGUCUUGCGAGGUCUUGUUUUGCUGAAGGGUAAUUCAGUUGGGUAAUUUUCACAUCAUGCGCUUGCACACCUUAUUAUGAGUCAAAUAGUCUGCGUGUUAUUCUGUGCAAGUGACCAGAGGUUAUUUCAAAUUAUACAAAAUCUUUGUGAGGUUAGAACUGAUUAGACCCUAAUGCUGGGAUUUUGGAGGGGGAAAAAAAACUGUUAGUACUUAUAUACAAAAAAUUGCAGGUGAAGUGAAUUCCUGUCAACGAGAGCCCCUUUCAAUCAAUAGUUGAUGUGUUAUAUAGAAAUCUUGAUGAUGAUGAUGAUGAUGGUACAUUAGGUCAUUUGAGUUCUUUACAGGACUGUUUCAUAUUGCUGUCUUUAUUCACGUAUAGGAAGCACAAAUCCAUCACAACUAGCCAUUGCCUUCUAGUCCACAAUAAAACAGACUGCGCCACAGCAAACCUGUGUUUAAAAGCAAAGAAAAUAUUUUUUGUCAUUUUAAUUCUAAGAAAGUCCAGAAUUCCCCAUGCUUAUUUUACUUUUGUUUAACAUUUGUAGCUUGUGCAAUGACAUGCUAGUAACCUAUGUAUAAAGCACUAUAUAGGCAAUUUAUCAACCUGCUCCAGUGUCACAAAUUAAAAUCUGU